AUGCUGCUGAGGCCGCACAGCAGGAUCCGGGUCAUGGAAGGCGCCAAGGACAACCUGCCGGACCAGGAGGCGCUGCGGGCAGGGGGCGCCAUCCGCGAGCUGGCCGAGGCGCUGGGCGCCGACGACCUGCUCCUCGUGCUCAUCUCAGGUGGUGGCUCGGCCCUGCUGCCAGCUCCCCGGCCGCCCGUCCUUCUCGAGGAGAAGCAGGAGCUCACGAGGCUGCUGGCUUCCCGAGGGGCCACCAUACAGGAGCUCAACACGGUCCGCAAGGCCCUGUCCCUGCUGAAGGGCGGAGGGCUGGCGCGGCUGGCAUACCCGGCACAGGUGGUGAGCCUCAUCCUUUCCGAUGUGAUUGGCGACCCCCUGGACGUCAUAGCGAGCGGGCCCACCGCAGCCAGCUCCCACAGCGUCCAGGACUGCCUGCGCGUCCUGGACAAAUACGAGCUGCUGACCAGCCUGCCCAGGUCGGUGGAAACAGUCCUGUCCAGCUCUCCAGCAAAACCCACCGCUCCGGAAGAUUAUUCCCACGUCUUCAACGUUAUCAUCGGCUCCAACGCGCUGGCUUUGGCCGAGGCCAAGCGGCGGGCGGAGGAGCUGGGCUACGUGGCCGUGGUGCUGAGCGCAGCCGUGUGCGGCGACGUGGACCGCGUGGCCGCGCUCUACUUCUUCCUCAGCAAUAAUGACUCCUACUCCUUCUUCCACCGGCUCCAGCGGGGACGGCACCUCCUGGUGACGGGCUUGACGGGAACCAACGUCAUGGACAUCCAGGUUGUCUUAAUUCGAGCCAAGGAGAGAUCCUGAGAGCUCCCUCCGCACCUAUC